CUAUCAUGUGUGGAGUUGGAAAGGCAAAUGGAGGAUUUAAAAAAUGAGCUGAAUAAAGCUUUGGAAGAGAACAUGAGUUUAAAGGAAAAAGUAAUUGCAUUAUCAGAAGCAAACUCUGGAUUGGAUCUUGAAAUCUUCCACAAAGAGUUACUUGAAAAAACUGAGACGAUUACUUUGCUGAUGUCAGAAAAAGAAAUGUUGCUCUCUCAAGUUGCUGAAAAGGAGAGAAUGGUUCAUGAAGCAACUCAAGCGUUGACAUCCAAAAUGGAUUUAGCAAAUGAUGAAGUGAUAAGAGGAAACACCACAGCUUUUGAAGAACUGAAACACCCAUGUGAUAAAUUGGGGCAGAAAUCCUUAGAUGCAGCUGAAGAAAGCAAAUCCAUGAAAAGCCAAAUAGAUUCCUGUUCCAGUGAAAGCCUCAAUGCAUCCAUCAGUGAUAUGACCCAAGAGCAAUCUAGCAAAAAUGGAGAAUUGCAGGAGAAGGUCUUGGAGCAAGAGGAGCUACUCACUCUUAAAGAACAACUGUAUGAAGCUCAUCAGAAGCUGAGUGAAAUGGAAGAGCUCAAAGAUCAGUUGAAGAUUUGGGAGUUUAAAAUGGAAGCUGAGGAAGCACAGAAGCUGGACAUCAUGCAAAGACUUCAGAAGGGUGAAGAAGAAAUAAGAGUCUUGACCCAAGAAAGAAAUGACUUCAAGCAAAAGCAGGAAGCCCUUGAGAAGGAGAGAGAUCAGAUUCAAGAAGAUAUACAAGAUACUAUCUUGACAAACAUUGAAGCACAGGAGGGGUUGAGGAAUGCUCAAAAUUCUUUGAAGCAAUGCCAGAAGCACAAUGAAGAACUUGAAGAAACCAUUGCAGAGAAAGACACACAAAUUUCAAGAGUUAAAGAAACUUUAGAGAUCACUAUUGAUGAUCAAAAACAACAGAUACUGAAAUUAACAGAAGACUUGAAAGACUUCAAUAUAAAGAAGAGUCAAAAUGAAAUAGAUACAAAUCAGAUUCCACCAGAAGACAAUAAUGAGCUUCAGCAGAUUAAGGAGCAGCUUGCCACUCUUCA